GCUCUCUUGCGCACUGACGGAGCCCGGGUCCGUGUCCAUCUCUCCUCCUGCGCCGCUGCGGCGCUCAGCACCUCCUGCUCUCAACUCUGCUGCGACACAAGAAAAGUUUUUUGUUUUGUUUUUUUAAGCUAAAGUUUUUUUUUUGCAUCGACAAGGUGGAUAAAAGUCAUUUAAAAGUUUGGAUAGAAGCCGCUGUGAGCGCGACUUUUGGAUAACUUUGCCAAGAGUUUCUGGCCUGACGUCACCAUGUUACGUUACUUCCUGCUCUUGCUCCUCUCAUCUGGUCUGGUGUCCUCAGACUGCCCCGAAGACUGUUCGUGCCAGCGCCACGGCGCUAUAUUCUGCAUUCAGCGACGCUCAGGCACCGUGCCCCGUGUCCCCACCACAACCAUAGAACUCUACAUCUUUCACAAUGGCAUCAACAUUUUGUCCCAAAAUGACUUUAAAGGCCUGGCGGAAUUGGAGAUGCUAGAUAUGAGCCAGAAUGAACUGACAGAGAUUCCAGACAGAGUGUUUGAGAUGCUGUCAAAGAUGAAGAACUUGGACCUGUCCUCUAACCACAUUACUCACAUUUCCAAAGACACUUUUUCUGGGUUGGUUCAGCUCGAGAGACUCUAUCUUCAUGCAAAUCGUAUUCAAAGCAUCCAUUUGGAAGCUUUUGAUGGUUUAGAAAUGCUGCUGGAACUCAAGCUCCAAGGGAACCACCUUUCAUCUCUGCCAUCCCUUAAUUUCCCAAGACUUCUGCUUCUAGAUCUCAGCAACAAUAACAUCCCUACCCUUGGUCCUUCAGACCUCCGGACUCCUCACCUGGAGGCCCUUAAAUUGGCAUCUAUGGGGCUUACCACUGUGGAUGAUGAUCUCAUAGCUUCCCUUGGGAAUCUCCAUGAGCUUGACAUAUCCAUGAACCAGUUCACUGAGGUGCCACAGGUCCUGAAGCAAGAUUCCUUCAAGGGGCUGAUCAAGCUCAGCCUUGCAGCCAACCCAUUUGGUGAACUCAAAAUGGAGGACUUCCAGAAAUUGACUGGACUUCAAGAACUGGACCUUAGUGGACUUAAUCUCCAAGGUUUCCCCCAGAAUUUUUUUCAGAUGUUCCCUAGGUUGAUGCACUUGACAGCAGCUGAGAAUCCAUUCAACUGCUUAUGCCCAUUAGCUUGGUUCUCUCUUUGGCUAAAAGAGUGGGAUGGUAUUCUUUCGAGGCCUGAAGAAACCAGAUGUCACUUCCCCCUUGUUAAUGCUGGAAAGAUGCUGUCAUCUCUGGAGCACAAAGAUUUUGGAUGUCCACCUACCACAACAGUGCUGACCGGCUCCGCAACUGGAAGUACUCUUGCUCCUCAGAUGCUCACCACACCUUCAGAAAUCACUCAUACCAAUGCUAUCCCUCCCCCUCCACCACCUAGUGAGGUAACAGUCUCCUCAAAGGUUACACUUGAACCUUCAUACUCCCCAAGUUCCCCGAGUGGGGAAUACGAGCAGCAAUUCUGCCCACCAAAUAUCUGCCUGAAUGGGGGCACUUGUAGUUUUGACCCACUGGGUCAACUCAGCUGUCUGUGUCCCUCAGAAACCUCAGGCUACUAUUGUGAAAAUGUGGAUCAAGUUACUAAGCCACCAAAACCACCAGCAACAGAAGUAUUGGUUGUUACUUCUGUAGUGCCUGAACAGGAUGCCAUCAGCUCACGGCAGGUGACCUCCACAUCUAUCCUGCUUGACCUGCACCGCUUCAUUGAAACGCGGCCACACAUCCGUGGCAUUCGUUUGACCUACCGUAACCUCUCAGGGCCUGACCACCGCCCAAUUAUCCUGAGUGUCCCAGCAUCCUACCCUGAGUACACCUUGCGUGGCUUGAGACCCAACUGUACAUACUCAAUAUGUGCCAGUCCGCUGGGUGAGAAAGUCAACUCAAGGGCAAACAGCUCUGUAGAAACGGGGUCCUGCACGGAGGCUCACACUGAAAGUGUUCCAUUAACAUCUGUAGAGUCCAGAGUGGAGACACAGAGCCAGGUCACAUAUACUUUGAUCCCUGCUCUGGCUGCCUUGGCACUUGUACUGGGGUUGGCCGUGGUUGCUGGGACCAUUAUCUGUCUGCGGAAGAGGAGAAAGGCCAAGGCAGGAAAGGAGCUGGAGCUGGGUCCAGCGGACCCUGACCCAAUGGAGCUGGAUGGGUUCAAGGCCUGUCUGGAGAAUGGGGGGAAUGGCACACUUCACCAGAAACAGCCAGAGAUUGACCUCUGUCACACUCCACAGCCACCUCCAUCCUUGCAACAAAAUGGGAACUUGGAUUACGAGGUGCCAUUGAUGCAGGAACACUGUCCAUCAAAUAACAAUCUAGCAUCGCUAAAGCCAUCUUACUUUUAAGAUGCAAUAAAAUACAAACACUUGGAAAGAUUGUGGAGAGCGGGUUCGUCCAUCAGUACUUGAGCGAUAGUGGUUUCCAAUGUAGAUUUCAUCCCAAUUUCAAAUAUCCACAAUUUGGAAAGUGGCACUUACUGGAACUCGUCUACCAUGACACUACACAAUGGCUCAUCAGUUUUUAAGUUGCCUUAUGAUACUGAAUGACGAAGAUUGCAUUGCAUAUCAGAAAUGUGCAAAACCACUAAAACAGGAAGUCUGAGUUUGAGGGUGAUGAGACCUAAACAAGUGAUUUAACUAAGUGCAAUCAACCAGACUGGUCUACGUAGCAGAGUAAACAUGGAAGUGCCUUUAUGCAGUCACACAACUGUAUUCAACAGCUCAUUUUUAUUUUGUUGUUGUUAUAAAAGAAACUAUGUAAAUGAGCUGUAACCCCAUUGCUGGAUUUGGGAGAUACAGUGAGGACAAAAAUGCCUCAGCGUUUGGGCUACGGAAGUGGAGGAAAUUACUCUUUCAAUGAAAACAGGGAUGCAGAUAUUGACUUGCCUGGACCAGAGGUCCUGGUGCAAAAUGGGGGUUUCAAUCAACUCCAUCUCCUCUAUGGGAAUCAGAAAAGAAGAAGUUGCACUGAAAAAAAAAGGAUAUUGCCUUUCCUUUCUUUUGUCCUGUUCUUUUGUCAGGAACUGCUAGAAGAUUGAUGGUCACAUAAGAAAUGCUGUUUUU